AUGACGCUGGGCAGGUCGCAUGGUACAAACGAGCACGGGCUCAAGCGAUCAUCAGGUGUAGAUUACAACCAAGUGCGGGACCGACAGAUUGACGAUCACCGCUUUGAGCGUCAGCGCAUCAUUCGAGCGGCCUCAUCAGCGCCACCUGUAGAGCAUCAGCCAAAGAAUGUCGGUGUAAAAACUGCAGCUCCAGUGUCUGCCACUAUGGACGCUUUUAUGCGCAUGGUGACGGGCAAGGAAGAACGCACUAUUGCUGAUCGCAUCAGUGACCCAAACCGGCCCACGUGGGAGCAGUACAAGAAGGAGAACGCAGAUAAAUUGGACCUCAGCGGCAAUGGAGAGAAGGAGAUGAAGGAGUAUAGGAAAAAGCUGGACGCUACCAGGGAGAAGAGACUGGCAGGAGGCAGUAGUUCCAAGAAGAGGAAGAAAAAACACAAGAAACGCUCAAGCUCAUCUUCGUCAGAUGAUUCGAGCAAUGAAGAUGAGCGCCGGCGCUUUAAACACAAGAGUCGGAAGAAAAGGAAAAGCCACAAGAGACGACGGAAGUCCCUGGAUUCGGACGAUAGCGAUUCAGACCUGGAUGACGACCGCUCUCGAAGACAUAAACGCUCCAAGAAGAGCAAGAAGUCAUCGAGCAGAAGAGAUCGAGACGUAUGUCCUUCGCCUGUGCGCCUCUCUUCGUUCCUGCAGCAAUCCAGCGACGGUUCAGACAACGAGUGA